AUGGGUGAAGAGAAGAAGGAGAAGAAGGAGAAGAGAGAGAAGAAGGAGAAGAAGGAGAAGAAGGAGAAGAAGGAGAAGAGAUCCAAGGAGUCGUCGAAGCGAUCGGGCGAUGGAUCGGAGGAUGCGAACGCGAAGAAGCGAGUGAAGGCGUCGGGGGACGCCGCGUCGGCGAGCGACGCGGGCGCGCGAGAACAAUUCGAAACGUUCGAUGCGACGCCGUUCGAGGCGGCGAUCGUGGCGAGAUUGUCGAAUGCGUUCUCGUCUCCGUCGCCGAUUCAAAGAGCGGCGUGGCCGGCGGCAUGUUCGGGGAUGGAUGUCGUCGCGGUGGCGAAGACGGGCUCGGGUAAGACGUUGGCGUUUCACGGGAUGAAAAAGCACGGCGGCGUCGAGGGUUUGGUCGUCGCUCCGACGCGAGAGUUGGCGAUUCAGAUUCAGGCCGAGUGCGAGAAGUUCGGCGCCGAACGUGGGUUUCACAGCGUCGUCGUGUACGGCGGCGCGUCAGCGUACGAGCAAAAGAACGCGUUGCGGUCGAAGAAACCGUGCAUCGUGAUCGGCACCCCGGGUCGAUUGACGGAUCUAAUGAGCCAAGAAGGGGUUUUGUCUCUAGAGAAGCUGUCCGUGAUCGUCCUCGACGAGGCGGAUAGGAUGUUAGACAUGGGUUUCGAGCCGCAGAUAAAGACUAUUUUCGGCGCGACGCCGGCGAGUCGGCAAACCUUGCUCUUCUCGGCGACGUGGCCCAAAUCUGUCAGAAAACUCGCGGCUGGUUAUUUAAACCAAGACAAAUCGCGUGUUAGAGAGGUCUUUAUCGGCGAGGGCGCGCAGGAUGGAGAAUUGGCGGCGAACAAGGCGAUCACGCAACGCUUCGUCGAGGCGCGAGAUCACGAAAAGGAUGAGCACCUGUACAACCUCAUCUGCGAGCUCCCGGACGACUCACGAGUCGUGAUCUUCGCCAACACCAAGAGAAGGGUGGAAAACUUGGCGAAAACGUUCAGCGCCGAGGGCUUCGGCGUCGUCUCCGUGCACGGCGAUAAAUCCCAAGCCGACCGCGAGGCGUCGCUUCGCAAAUUCAUCGACAACAAGUGUCCGCUCAUGAUGGCCACCGACGUCGCCGCUCGCGGUUUGGAUAUCAAGGGCGUCACCCACGUCAUCAACUACGACAUGGCUCGUGACGUCGAGUCUUACGUUCACCGCAUCGGCCGAACGGGUCGCGCCGGCGAGCUCGGUGCUGCCGUCACCUUUUGGAACUGCGACUACGACAAGCCGUGCACUGCCGCUUUGUGCAAGAUCGCCCGGGACGCCGGCCAGGUCGUCCCCGACUGGCUCGCCAAGCACGAAAAAACCAAAGAGUCCAAGCAGUGGCGCGUCGCCGACGCCCACCUCUAA